UAAUAAUAAUAUUACAAUAUUACAACGACUCCUCUCGAGAACAUAUUAUAUUUUAAUAUUUUAUUAUUCCGAGUGUUCGCGCCACGCGCACCUGUAGCAGGAGUGUGCAGGACGACCGUCGCUGUGGUGCGCGCGUGUGUGUCCCGGUGCAGCUAAUGCCGACCACUUUGUAGUAAUAUCGUCGCUGCCGCCGCUGUCGCCGUCGUCCAUUUCAAUAAUAAUAAUAAUAGUACAUAUAUUGUAACCUCCCGUCUUCAUCGAGGCGAAUCCUGCACUACGUCCGUACGUCGCUGCGUGGAACACACGUGUACGCGCGUGUGUAUUUAGUCGUCCGUCCGUCUGUGAUAAUAUUUUUUUAUUUAUAUAUAUUUUUUUAAGUUUAAAAAAAGUUUUUUAUCCGAUCUUAAACACUCUCACAAUUUGGGUCCAAAUUACAUAAACCGACUAAAGUGAUCGAUUUUUUAAUCACUAAAAGUUGGUAUAACUUUUAAAAAUGAAGAAAGAAGAACCAGCCAACAUGGAGACUGGAUUGGUCAUUAAACAAACCAGGUCGAUGAACUGUUCAAGAAUAUUAAAUCUUAUGGUUUUAUUUGGAUUUAUGGUCAAUUAUAUGCUACGAGUAAACUUCACAAUUGCCAUUGUAGACAUGGUACCUACCCAUAAGCAUAAUGUAUCGAUAGAACAAGCCACUAAUUUUUCAACUACACCUUCGAAUGAUACCAAUGCUACUGUGAGCUGGACACAUUCUAAUCCACCUGGUGUUGUGAAGUUUAACUGGUCCGAAUAUGAACAAAAUAUGAUAUUAGGCAGUUUCUUUUGGGGCUAUGUUCUUACGGAAUUGCCAGGUGGUCGUUUGGCCGAAAUGAUUGGAGCUCGACCAGUUUUCGGCUACUCUAUGCUGUUAGCGUCAAUGGUUACCUUAUUGACACCUAUGGCCGCCAAAAUCAGCAUAUAUUGCCUCAUAUUUUGUCGGGUGUUUUUAGGAUUUACUUUAGGAGUAACAUGGCCGGCUAUAUUACCACUUGCUGCCAAUUGGAUUCCACCAAAUGAACGUAGCAAGUUCAUGUCUAACAUGAUGGCUUCUACUUUAGGUGCAGCUAUUACAUUACCAAUUUGUGGUAUAGUAAUUUCUGCAUGGGGAUGGGAGUCCGCAUUCUAUAUCACGGGACUAGUAGGUCUUGCAUGGUCCACUUUGUGGUUUAAUUUAGUUUUCGAGACACCUGCCGAUCAUCCUAGAAUUACCGAAUACGAAAGACAUUAUAUUGAAACAGAAAUCGCCAAGCAAAGCAAACCUGGUACAAAGCCAAAAAAACUGCCAUGGAUACAAAUACUUACGUCAUUGCCUGUGUGGGCCAUCGUUAUUACACACGGAGCUAGUGUUUUUGGUUACUUUACUAUUGUCAAUCAGUUACCUACUUACAUGAAGUAUUUACUUCAUUUUGACAUUAAAUCGAAUGGUUUUCUAUCUAGUCUCCCUUAUUUGGGUAAAUAUUUGAUGGCGUUGUUAGCUGGAAUAAUUGCUGAUCGUCUACUAAAUUCUGAAAAAAUAUCCAAAACAAUGACCAGAAAAAUCUUUACUUUUAUCGGAGUAUUUACGCCUGGCAUUUUGAUGAUCCUACAAGUGUACUUUGGAAAUAACCAAGUGUGGUCAGUAAUGAUAUUCACUAUUGCAUUGACGUUGAACGGAGCAGUGACUGGUGGUUAUCUGGGAAAUGGUUUGGAUAUAGCUCCUAAUUUCUCUGGCACAAUAUUUGGAAUGGCAAAUACAUUGUCUUCGUUCGGAGGGUCCUUGUCGUCGUACUUGGUGGGAAAACUAACGAACAACAAUCAAACAUUUGAGCAAUGGUGCAUUGUAUUUUGGAUUUUGGCUGGGACUUACAUGUGUGGUGCUAUAAUAUUUUUGGUAUUUGGAACGGCAAAAACGUUAUCGUGGAAUUCCGGACCAAGCGCUGCAGAGGAACCAAACGGUAUUUCAACGAACGAUUCGGAAGCGAUGAAACCGUUGAAAAAUUCUUCAAGUUCUUAGUGGCUUAACAAAGAUCGAGUCUUUGAAACAAAGACAAACAAAAUAUUUAACGACCAUUGUGAAUGAAAUGUACAGAUUACGAUUUUUCUUCUUACACAUUGUAUAUACGA